AUGGAGAUUAAGACAGUAAAGGGUGUGCUGUUUCCAGCAAACAUUAAUGAAGUAAGGAAACUAGCAGGGCGUACUCUCUUCAUCACAGGUGCCAGUCGUGGUAUUGGCAAAGCGAUUGCCUUGAAGGCAGCCAAGGAUGGUGCGAACGUUGUGAUUGCUGCAAAAACUGCACAAGCCCACCCUAAAUUGCCUGGCACAAUAUACACUGCGGCAGAGGAGAUUGAAGCUGCUGGAGGCAAGGCUUUACCCUGUGUUGUCGACGUGCGAAAUGAGGAGCAAAUCAGCGAGGCAGUGGAGAAUGCAGUAAAGACGUUUGGAGGUAUAGAUAUACUGAUAAAUAAUGCUAGUGCCAUUAAUCUAACUGGGACCCUGGAAACGCCAAUGAAGAAAGUGGACCUCAUGAUGAGUAUCAACUCCAGAGGAACUUAUCUAACGUAAG